UUCAUAAUGAACCUUUUCCUUAAUUAAUUAGAUCAUACUAAAUGCAUUUUCUUCCUUUCAUAUUUAUAUAUAGGUUCAACUAUAUGGUCAUUACAGAUGAGAUACAAAGAGAAAUGCCUAGUGAUAAAGAUCGAUCUAUUGGAAAGAAACUUGAUUAUAAAGAAGCUGUCUUACUAACCAACCCAUCCAAUCCUAGUAUGAGGGGAGAGGUGGACGAUAAGUACCAGUACUCAUUAGAAAAUAAAGAUAAUAAAGUACAUGGAUGGAUUUGUCUCAAAAAACAUGUUGGAUUUUGGAUCAUCACCGGAGCCGAUGAAUUUCGUGCUGGAGGACCAAUAAGACAAGAUCUUACCUCUCAUGUUGGUCCGACAGUUUUAUCAAUGUUUUCCAGCCGCCAUUAUGUUGACUAUAACUAUAUAGUUAGCUUGAGAAAUGGUGAAGCAUGGAAGAAGGUAUUCGGACCAAUUUUUAUUUAUCUCAAUUCUAAUCAAGGGGAUAAUCCAAAACUUCUAUGGGAAAAUGCUAAAGAAGAGAUGGUUGCAGAAACUAAAAGUUGGCCUUACGCUUUUCCAAAAUCACAUGACUAUCUAAGUGCUAGUCAACGAGGCACAGUUACGGGUCGAUUACUAAUUCUUGAUAGAUAUAUACGUGAAGAGCAUAUUCGAGCAAAAUAUGCAUACAUCGGUUUAGCUCCACCCGGAGGUGAUGGGUCAUGGCAAGAAGAUGCUAAGGGUUAUCAAUUUUGGACAAAAACAUAUGGCAAUGGGUAUUUCAAGGUUAAUGCAGUAAGACCUGGAAUCUAUAACUUAUAUGGUUGGGCCCCUGGUUUCUUGGGAGAUUAUAGAAACAAAGGUGACAUUAUAGUUCGACCGGGAGAAGAAACUAGACUCGGUGAUAUUGAGUUUAUUCCUCCCAGGAAUGGUCCAACGAUAUGGGAAAUCGGCAUCCCUGAUAGAAAGGCUGCAGAAUUUUUCGUACCUGAUCCUAGACCUGAGCUGAGGAACUACGCUUUGAUUAAUCAUACCGAAAAAUUUAGGCAAUAUGGACUAUGGGAUCGUUACAAAGAUCUUUACCCUUCCCGAGAUUUGGUUUACAAAGUUGGUGAAAGUGAUUAUCGAAAGGAUUGGUUUUUUGCCCAUGUCAAUAG